UCAGAUCGGUUGGACGGUGCGGUUCGCUUUCGAUUUCGGCUUCACAGUAAAAGAGCUAAAUAUAAAAAAAAACGCCGGAACUGCGGCCUAAACCUGUUUUGGCCAAGUGAUCACAACAACAAUAGCAGCGAAAACGCAUGCAAGUGACGAAACGACCUUAAGCAAAAGAAAAAAUAAAUUACUUGACUCUCUAAUAAUACUUUACAUACAUAUAUAUUUGGAAACCCAAGAAAUUAAGUGACGCACCGAGCGAAAUAAAAAAAACCAAAAUGCAAAAUGUUGCGACGUGAAUAAGCGUCAAAGAAAAUAUUGAAUCCGAAAAUUUAAACGUGGCUUAGGAAGUUGGGUGUAUAAAAUAACGAGUCCGGAACAGCAAAAAUAAGAAAAUAAAAUGGCUUUGGGCAACAAAGGGGGCAGCAAUGUUCUUUGUCUGCGAUUGCAGCGACAAUUAUUACUGGUUGUUGUAACGCUUUUCCUGUUUUUCAACGCCGCCCUGACCCAGGACGAAGAAAAUGAUGGUCCAUAUCGUGGAAAAUACCUCGGAAAACUCAACUCGUACCAUCAUCAGGUAUCCGGUGAUGUGUAUGCCGUAAAUGAGUACACCUUCUUGAUAGUGGGCUUCAACUACGACGGCAACGGGGCGGAUACUUUCUUUUGGUCGGGCGCCAGUAAUCGCCCUGGACCUCAAGGCUUCAUUGUGCCCGAUGAGUAUGGCAAAACCAAUAUUCUGGAUCGGUAUCACAACAAGGACUUUACAUUGACGCUGCCGGAUCGAAAAAAGAUAACGGAAAUCAAAUGGUUGGCGGUCUACGAUCUGAACAGUCAGAACAACUUCGGGGACGUUUAUAUUCCCGAGGAGUUUGAGCCACCUAUGCCCCAGCUGGGCGGAACGUUCUCCAAGCGCAGCCACAAUGUGAGCAGCAGUAGCAUUGAGAUUCUGGACUCGAAAACCAUUCGCAUCAAGGACUUUACCUACGAUGGGCGUGGCAAGCGCACCUUUUUCUGGGCGGGAGUGGGGGCACAGCCAUCGAGUCGAGGAAGCAAACUGCCGGAUGAGCGGGGAUACCUCGACCCAAUUAGGAAAUACAACAAGGAGACCGUUGAAUUGGAACUUCCGGGAGACAAGACCAUCUUCGACAUCGACUGGAUCAGUGUUUAUGAUGUGGCCGAUAAUGAAAACUACGGUCAUGUGUUAAUCAACGAUGGACUGAAUGUUCCACCGUCGCUGGUGAAAGUAACGAAAUUCGAAUUCUCUCUGCCCAAUUGCCGGCAGCUACACAAGGAUAUGCAGGUGUCCUGGGAGGUAUUUGGUCCCCAAAUCACGUUCCAACUCUCCGGUCAGGUGGCUGCCAACGAUUACAUGUCCUUCGGAAUAUCCGGAUCGGAUGUGUCCAGCCAAAUGAUCGGCUCCGAUGUGGUGGUGGCCUAUAUGGACGAGAUCAGGGGAUAUACAGUGGAUUACAAUAUCACUUCGCUGGCGCCUUGCGUUCAGGUUUUGGGCCAGAACAAAGGAGUGUGCCGGGACGACGUGGUCGGUGGAUUGGACAGCUUUCAGUUAAACACAUACAGUCGCAAGGAUGGCAUCAACACAAUCAGUUUUAGGCGGACCCUCAAGUCAUCCGACGAUGGCGAUAAAGAAAUCUUUCUGGACCGCAGCAACUACGUAGUUUGGGCCUUUGGCCAGUUGGACUCAAAUAACGAACCUGCCUUUCAUACAUACUAUCCCAAAAGUGAUAUAGUUAUAGAUUUUAACACCACGGAGGCUGUAAAUGAUUGCUUUGACUUCACUAAAAGUGUGGAUACGCCUCCCCCUCAGUUGUGGGAGCGGACCAGGAUAACAGAUGCAACUGUACGCACUUUUAAUGCCUAUUUGGGACCCUCGGGAGGACUCCGUGGCUAUCAGGGACUGACAGGUCAUGUGUCUAGCGGUUUGGCUUGGUACAUAAACGGCUAUAUGAUCCCAGAACUUUACCUUAAGCGGGGCCUGACCUACACCUUUAAGGUGAGGGGUGGUAAUAAUCCCCACUCGCCGGAGCACUAUCAUCCGCUGGUUAUUACCGAUGACCCUCAGGGAGGCUAUGAUCGCUUGUCGGAUGCCAAGCAGAGUGAGAUUCGCGUAUUGGCCGGAGUGGAGUUCACUAGAAGGGGCAGACCCAAACCUACGGCUGCUGGUCCUUUGUGCCUCUCCAGAUAUCCUCCGAGUUAUGAUCGCAGGCUGGAUGAUAACUUCCCCACAUUCAAGAAGUUCAAUCGAUCGCUGAUCACCGAAUGUGUGGAUGAGGCACCGGCAUUGUUGGAAAUUACGCCGAAUAUCACCUGGCCGGAUACCGUGUACUAUAACUCCUUUACCCACGGAAAUAUGGGCUGGAAGAUUCACAUCGUGGACAGCUACAGCAAUCUGAGAAGUGGAGCGAAGGCUUUAUCCUGGUCUUUAUGCAUCAUCCUGCUGCCUUGGCUGGUGCUCCAGUACUGACUGUUCUCUCUUAGUUUCUUAGUGUAAAUUAAGCAGUCACAAUCUAUGUAUUUAAUACGCGUGUGUAGAAUGUAUGCUCAUGCUGUGUAUAUUAUUAUUUAAAUCGUAUUUAAAUACAGAACUGUGUUGUACUUUA